AUUUGGCAUAAAAAAAAUUACUUGUUUUGAGAAUACAAAUUGUGUCAUAAUUUGCGUUCUAACGGCCCAUUUCUACUAAAAUAACGAAAGUAUUUCUUAAAAAUUUGUCUUGAUAUUUACCUAAAAAUACAUAUUAUCUAUUUCUAGAUGUUUUAGUAAUUUUUUUGUUAUGAUUCAAUAGUGUGAACGUAUCCUUGAGAUAUUUGUUGGAACUUAAAAUUUAUUGUUUUACCUUAUUAACAUGGAAUCUCCGAGGCAGUCCGAAUCUGAGUCGUCGGACUAUUGGAGAAAACAGGCUAAACAUUAUGAACAAAAAGCCAUCGAAUUUCAGCAGGAGUUAGAUGAAUAUACUGAAAACUCGGCACAACUCGAAAAAGAGUUAGAAGCAUCAUUGGUACAAGUUGAAAAACAGAACAGAGAUUUAGAAAAUCAAAAUCAACGACUUAAAAAUGAAAUUGAAAUGCUAAAAAAUAAAUUAGAGAGGAGUCAACAUGAAACUAAUGCUUUGGAGAGUGAACUACAGGCAUUAAAAAUAGAAAAGAACAAGCAAUCUGUUUAUGUAAGAGAAUUAGAACAAAAAAAUGAUGACUUAGAAAGAGGUCAAAGGGUAAUAUCUGAAUCUGUGUCAUGUAUUGAGACCUUGUUAAACCAGGCAUACGAAAGGAAUGCAGUUUUAGAGAGUGAAGUUGAUGAAAUAGAAAAUUUAAGAGUUAAAUUGCAAAGAGCAACAGAUGAAGCCAGAGAUCUGAAACAAGAGUUAAAAGUAGUAGAAAGAAUUCCACCGCACAAGAAAGAAGAUGGUAUUCCUAAUGAGAAUACAGUAGUUAAUGGCCACAUUACAAAUUCUAACCGGACACAGGUUGAAAUAGAACCACAAAGCCUCUCAUCACCACAAAAAAGAGAGAUAAAUGGAAAUGCAAUGACUCCCUCAGCUCGAGUAUCAGCCAUAAAUAUAGUAGGCGAUCUUCUAAGGAAAGUAGGGGCUUUGGAAUCAAAAUUAGCAUCGUGUCGUGGUACAGUUAGACCUAAAGAACACUCACCAAAUUCAAGUUCGGAUGUCAAUAAGGACUACAGGUGUGUACUGAAGAACUAAGCAUGGCGAUUAUCAUCUCUCCACUGCAAAGUGCAGACUAGCUUGUUUAGCGUAAAGCUUUGUCAGAAAAUAAAUAGCUUCACGUUAUGGUCUUGCUGAUUGUAAACCUUAUGUACUGUGAUCGAAAACACAUUUUCCUAACUUAAAAAUGUCUGUGAUCGUAAUAAAACAAUUAAGAUGUUGUAAUAGUGACUUUUGGCCUACCCACCGGAGAUCACCAUAAGUUGCAAAAAUAUAUAGCUGAUUACAUACAUACCUAUUCAUUUUAUUUAAAAUUAUAGAAUACAACGUCCAAAUAUUUUACGUAUAUAGGAAUAAGAGUUUCAGGAGCUUAUCUGCACUCUUAUACUUAAGAAUUUGGAAAGGAGAUUGCGAUAACAAUUUGCAAUGCCUAUUAAUUCUUAGUAUUUCAUAUAUGCAUCGCUGGAAUGUGGCAAAUGAAUUUAAUACAAUGAUUUUUGUGUCGCCAGUAGAGCACAUGCAUAGUAGAUAUAUAACGUGAACUAAUCUCUACAUUUUACAUAUUGUGUGUUUUUAUUACACAUUUGAUUUUAAUUUCAUGCAUUCCAGGAGUUUAUCAAUAUACCAUUAGAUUUAUAUGCAACAUUGGUAUGCACCUGGUCAUGUCUAUUGGUGGAUAUAAAUAUUUUGGAGUGUACUUUUGUAAAUAAUUAGUAUAAAUGUGUAUAAAUCGUUGAUAAUACAAAAAUUUUAUGAAAUAUCAAUAAUAUAAUAUGUAAUAUUUAGAUAUGGUUAUUUUUUGUAAUUUGCAAUAAUGUAAUCUUUUAGAAAAUCAUAUUGAAUAAUUUCGAUAUGGUGGUUUAUAUAUUCUUGUAUAGUGUUCUAGUAAAUGUGUUGGGGUGUGACUCCAUUAAUUCUGCGCAUAACACGUUAAUAUUUGCCUCAUUAAUUUUGGUUAUAUAAUUACAUAACAGGCCUAUACAUAUGUUACAACUUUUCAUCAAAUUAUUCCUCAAUUUGUAUCUAACUCUUGUAUAAUAACAACUGUUUUGUGUAUGGUAUUUGGCAUGUCAUUACUAAUUUUGUGUUAAAAACACGCAAUACUUUGGUACCCCGCAAUACAUCCAGUGACCAGUUUUUCUAGUUAAUAGAGUAUUGUUAUUAAACAUCACAAUAUACAAAUAUUUAUCUUGCCCUGUAAGCUAAGUACUAGCACUAUAUCAAUGUUUAGGUAUUAUUUUAUAUAAUUUGACAAGAGGGUUAUAUCUCUAUUAAAUUAGUUUAAAUAGCAUAAUUUCUUACGUGUCGCCCGUACCUAGAGGUAUAAAGUUUAAUGUAGCACUCUGAGGACUUUAAAAUCGAUCACACGCGCACCGACCUAUUCACUGAGCUCAGAAAAGAUUUUAUGAAUACAUGUUUGUCAGUUACUUGUACACUGUGAUUCAAUUAAUUAAAUACCAUUAAAAUAAAAUUGGUAAAAUACUAUUUCAUAAAAGCAAUGUAAUAUAAGUGCAGGUUUUUUAUUUACAAUUGACCUCCACAAACAUUUGAAUUGUAUUUGGUAAUGAAUUUGUGUAGGUUUAGUACUUCUCUGAGUUUCAUUAUCCUUUUUUUCUAUGUAUAUAAUGUAUAAUUUCGCAGAUUACAGUAAAAUAUAUUUGUUUUAUAUAACGUAUAAAUAAAUAUGCUAAAUAUUAUUCUAUGCGUUUAUGCAAUAACGUGUGUGGUGACCAAACUUUUAAUUUUGUGCCCAAUAAAUGAUAACGACAUAAAAUGUAUUUUAUUAUCUCG